UGAGCGCCUAUCUGCGACCAGCCGCGCCAGUGGCCAACGAGCGCGCACGCACACACCUUCCUCCCUCACCCUCGGUACGCCACAAGGGCCCGUUCUUUAUCACGGCGCGAAAUCCAACACCGGCUUGAUUCAGGUCCGGCCAGCGCCGAAGCAGUCUCGGUGUGCUGCGCAGCCGUACACAGCAACCCUCACUGGGGGACCCGGGGGUCUAUCGUCCUCGUUGUCACAGCAAGAGUUCCGCGGUGGGCGAUCGUGCCCCGACCCGAGACCGUGCAACGGCAGCGCCAACCGCGUAGACCAUGAGCAUACACGGUCCUCAAGACCAGCAGCGCCAGGAUGGCGACGAGCCCUCGGUGCACGAACACCGCGAGAACCACCGGUACCACGUGUCGUCGAUGGCGCAAUACGAGCGUAUGUACCGCGAGUCCGUCGACGACCCGGCCGCCUUCUGGGGCAAGCUGGCCCAGAGGCUCGACUGGAAAGUGCCGCCUAGCCCCGAUCGUUUUCUGGCCUACAACUUCGACCCCCGUGCCGGACCCGUGCGUGUCAUGUGGAUGCAGGGAGGCAUCACCAACGCCUGCUACAACGCCCUCGACCGUCACGUUCUGGCAGGACGAGGGGACAAGGUGGCCUACUACUGGGAAGGCAACAACCCUUUGGACAAGAAGACCAUAACUUACGGGCAACUGCUGGAUGAUGUCUGCAGAUUCGCCAAUGUUCUCAAGGCGAAAGGAGUGUGCGAAGGCCAUUUGGUCACCAUCUACCUCCCCAUGGUACCCGAACUGGUGGUCGCUAUGUUGGCAUGCGCCAGGCUUGGAGCCGUGCACACUGUGGUUUUUGCAGGUUACUCCGCCGAGUCACUUGCACAGAGGAUUUACGACACCCAGUCGAGAAUACUAGUCACUGCCGAUGGAAGCUGGAGAGGCAAGAAGCUCAUUCUGCUCAAGCCGAUCGCUGACGAAGCGAUUGAACUGUGCCGACAGAAGAAACAUGCCGUCGAAUCGUGCAUCGUGCUCCGGCACCUUCUGUCGAGCGAUCUUCGUUCGGGAGGUAACCUACUCAACGGCUAUUCGAAAGAAUCCUUCGAAAUU